CCGUGUGUGUGUGUGUGGGGGGGGUGGGGAGCAGCAGCCACCACCGCUGCACGCCGGGAUCGCGGAGGAGCCGCGCCGGUCCUCCGGACAGUAAGAUGGCGGCCGUCGCCUCCAAGCCCAAUUUCGCCGUCGUCUGCUCUUUCCUGGAGCGCUAUGGCGCCUCGCUGGAACUGCCCGAGUUCACCUUCCCCGAGCUGGAAGAAGCGCUGGAAAAUAAAAAAGCGGUUCCCCAGCCACUGGUUGACCUUCAGUUGAAGCUGAUGAGGAAGAUUGGAAAGUCUGUCAGCAUUGAUCGAUGGGAAAAGUACCUUCUCAGGAUAUGCCUGGAAUAUAACAAUACUUGGGCCUGGGAGAUGGAAAAAAUCGGAUACACUGAGAUGGAUGCUGAAUGCAAACUUGGCCUCUUAAAGUACCUUUGCGAAUGUCAGUUUGAUGAUAAUUUAAAAUUCAAGAAUGUGCUGAAUGAAGAGGAGCCUGAUGCAAUGCGCAUCCAUCCACUCGGCUGUGAUAAGGAUGGGCUCAUGUAUUGGUACCAGUUGGACCAAGAGUUGAACGUCCGGUUGUACACGGAGGAACAAGAUGAUCAAGAUGGCACCUCAUGGAAGCUCAUUGUAAGGGACCGCAAUGAAUUGGCUGAAACCGUGCAGCUGCUGAAGGGCCAGAUAGAUCCAGCGUUACUGACCAAACUCAUCCAGGAAGAAGUGUCCUCUCGCACCAGCCCUGCACCAGAAGAUGAAGAUUGCAAGAAGGAGCUUGAAGAGCACGGGCGAGAAGAAAUGCUGGGAAAGCAGCAAACUAAACUAGAACCAGUGGUAGAAUCAAAGCCGGCAUUGCCUGUGGCAUCGACCUCUCCAGAAGAAGACGACAAGAAAGCACAUUCAGUCAUCAAGCAGCUGGUCGGAGGGGGGGUAAAGACAGAGCUGCCAGUUAAGGUAGAGCCUGCACUGGAGACGAACAGUGAGAAAGCUGUCGUUGCUAAACUAACCAAAGACGGCAACCUUGAGCGAGCGAGUGGCGAGGAGGGCAGAGCCAGCCGAGGCGAGGUGGUGAAUCGGAGAAGCUCGGGGGACGGGAAGGCGUGCUCGGCUCGGCUGACGGGCGUGGAGUGCGAGAAGCUGGAGAUCAGCAUCAAGGUGGAGCCGAUCGACGGCAUCAAAGAGAAGUCGUCGGAAGAGCUGGAGAGGGCGCUGAGGAACGUGAAGCAGGCCAAGCUCCCUGUGAAGAAGAGGGAGAUCAAGCUGGCCAAGGACUAUGACAGCGGGGUUAAAGGCCCCGUGGGCAAGCCCGUCACCCCCGUCACCCCCGUCAACGAGCUGCUGAGGGAAGGUUUGAGAGUGGCGGUCGAGGCCGGGAGGCCGGCGGCGGCGGAGGAGGAUGGCAAGCAGCUGGUGAACGGCGAGGUCCCCCCGGCGAACCGGCACAGAGCCGGGGAGGAUAAAGCCGGAGCUUCCGCUCCCUCGAAGACCGAAGAGCCCAAGAAUGGACAAGGACCUGAAGCCACGCGCCCGGCAAAGAAGGAGGAGGAAAAUGGGAUUGACGGGCCCGGCGCAAAGGGCGACGCGUCGGCGGCCAGCGCCGCCAGGGAGAAUCACGCAAGCGUGAUAAAAAUCAAGGUCAGCCAGAACUGCGUGGCGAAGGAGAAGGGUGCAGAGCCCGGCCUCCUGGAACUCGGGAAGUCCCCCGACCAAACCAGGUCCAAGUGCGAGGAUGAGGAUUCUUCAAAGUGCUCCAUCGACACCAACCUGUCCGACAAGACGUUACCAGAUAAGAAACGGGUGGAUUGCCCCAAAGGUGCGGAGGAGGGGUGUGGCGACAAGGUUCCCUUGAGGAAGACGAGAACGUCCUCGAAACCGCAGAGUCCGGCAGAGAAGAGCCCGGCAGAAGAUGCGCCGGAGAAGGUGGAGCAAAUGGAGGAGGGGAAGAAGGAGGAGAUGGAGCAGAGUGAAGUCAGAUGCUUAAGAAGGUCGCUGAGAAUAUCCAAGCCCACCAUUAAAGUGACUGAGAAUCAAGAGAAGAGAGCGAGCAAGAAGGAAGAAGCGUCGGCAGCCCAGAGUCCAAGUAAAGAUGAGAGCCAGGGCAAAGUGGAGAAAGAUUCCUCUCUGUCAAGAGGAACCAAGCGCAAGGCUAAAGCCAAUCGAAGGGCCAGGUGGACCAAAUCGAGGGGCAGGCGUAGACAGGAGGAGUCGAGUGAGGAGAGCGACAGCGACCAAGAUGACGAGGAAGCAGAUGAAGCCGGCGAAGGGAAGCCAGCAGAAGAUGAUGAGCCCUGUAAAAAAUGUGGCUUGUCCAACCACCCCGAACUGAUUCUGUUGUGUGACUUCUGCGACAGCGGCUACCAUACAGCAUGCCUUCGGCCUCCGCUGAUGACCAUCCCAGAUGGUGAAUGGUUCUGCCCUCCUUGCCAACAUAAAUUUCUGUGCGACAAACUAGAAGAACAGUUGGAAAACAUAGAUAUGAUGAUAAAAAAGAAGGAAAGAGCUGAGAGAAGGAAAGAGAGGCUGGCGUUUGUGGGAAUUAAUGUUGAAAAUAUCAUUACUCCAAAAGACUUAGUACCAGAAGAACCGGAAAUAAAAGACCUGAAAUCCUUGGAAAGGCGAUCAGGACGAACAAGGAGAUCCAUUAAUUAUAGGUUCGACGAAUUUGAUGACGCAAUCGAUGAAGCAAUUCACGAAGACAUACAGGAGGCAGAGGGCAAAGGUUCUGGAAGAGGCAAAGACAUGGCCAACAUCACUGGACAAUCACUUGGGAAAGAUAUCUCCACCAUACUCGCAGAGGCGAAAGACAAUAAGCGGCCAUUACGGGAAGCUGCCUGCAGGCGCAAGAAAAGGCGAAGACUGAAUGACCUGGACAGCGAUAGCACACUUGAGAAUGAAGAGAGCGAGGAGGAGUUCAAAAUAAGUGAAAGCGAGGAAGAGUUUGAGAUCUCUGAGCGGGACAGCGAGGCAGACCCCGGGUCAAACGACGAGGAUGGUUUUGACAUCCCCCGGCGAGGAAGACAUCACAAGUAUACCGAGCCCAUGAGGCGGAGUCGGAGGUUACGAGGGAGAGAGGUGAAGCGGUAUUCAGACGAGGAUGAAGAGGACGAAGAUGAACGAGCAGAGAGCGAAGGUUCAAGUUGUUACAGUGACCUGCUGGACAUGAGGAGGAGGCGAUCGAAACGGAACCAAGCCAAGAAGGUCAAUUACAGAGAAGAUUCGGAAUCGGAGAAAUCUAUGAAGAGUGGUGCCAGUAGGAAGGAAAGACUUCGAGGGCACAAACGUAGGCUGUACAUUACAAUGAGCGACGAGAGCUCGAGCGGCAGAAGUUCGGAUGAAGAGCAGGAGGAGGAGGAGGAGGAGGGGAGGCCCCAGCGGAAGCGCCCGAACCGGAUCGAGGACGAGGAAGACGAGGAGGACGAGCCGACGCUGGUGAGCAGGCUGACCGCCAAGCCGUGCAGGGAUUACAGCAAGAAGCCCGCCUACCGGCUGAUGAGCGAGGGGGAGGAGGAAGAGGAGGAGGAAGAGGAGGAGGAGGAGGAGGAGGAAGAGGAGGAGGAGGAGGUAGGGGUCGCGGCCAGCGCCAGCGCCAGUGCCAGUGCCAGCGCCGCCGCCGCCGACGAGAAGGGAGCCGGCCCCUUGGACUGCGGCGUGACCGAGCUGCCGCCUUCCAACGGACAGAACCUGGUCAGCAGGACCAGCGAGAAGAACCAAACGUCCAAGCCCGCGGCUGCCGCUGCCCCCGGCCCGGCGCUCAACGGAGCCUGCGACGGCGAGGUGGGUGCGGCGUCGACGUUGGCGUCGGCGUCAGGAGCGGCUGAAGCGGGGGACGAAGACGAAGAUGACCUCUUGGGAGUAACUGAUCUUGUAGAAUAUGUUUGUAAUAAUGAACAAGUAUAAAAGAAAAACACUUUUUACACUAGUUUAAAUAAUUUAUUCCAUAGUAGCUGUACAUCAGGCCAGUUAUCGUGUCUAUAUUUUGGGUUGUAUUCAUUAAACCAGAGAGCGUUGCAUCCAUUUCCUCUCUUUCCCUCCCCCACCCCUUCCCCCCCUUCCCUCAUUCCAGCUUGCUCCCCUCUUCUCUUAAAGUGACCAAUUUUUAAGGUAAUUAACACGGUAGGUCCCAUUAACAUUUUUUUUUAAUUUAGCUGCGUUUCUUUUUUUGUGUGUGUUCUGUAUAAUUCAGUCGUCUAUCGUGCGAAGAGUUUUUUAAAAAGAAAAAGAUCUGCCU